CAAAAAGACUCCAGCCACUAAAGCCCGAUCCUGGGAUUUGCCAGAGUAGGAUAGCCCUACUGGGAGCCGUCAUUACAGACCGCUCCUUUGACUCUCAUUUCUUCAAGUCACCUUCUCCAUCUGUUUGUUGGGAGAAGCGUCCGUCUUUGGUGGCAUCCUUUCCCCCCCCCCUCGUGCCAACGCUGCUCCGCAGCGGCUAUUAAUCAGUGUUAGUCAGGAGUGUCUGGAAUAAGUUGUCGCCUUGAGCUGAAUGUGAUCCUGGCCUUCGCAGAGAUUGAGAGCGACCGAUUCUUCUCAAUCUACAGCCUCCGACGACUGUCUGCUACCUCAACGCUCUUGCCCCAGCUGAUUACGCUCAUGCUGCGCCCUGCAUCUCCCCAGCGACGUCCGUCAAGAUGCCAACCACCACGUCCGCGCCUGACAAAUCGAGACAGACUUCCGCUGGGAAAUCGUUCUUCGGGAGGAAGCUGCACAAGGAGAAAGCGGUAGACGAUCGCCACGAUGCCCAUACAGGCUUCGAGACCCUCGCGCCUCCUGGAAGCGCCCCGGGUUCUCGUUCCUCUCGCCAUUCCAAGCGAUCCUCCGUCCAGUCUAUGGAUUUUUCCAACGACAUCGAUCCUGCAGCGCUGUCAAUGACGGCUGGUGUGAUUACCUCUAUCCCCUAUGAAAGUCUCCCCGCCGACACCAAGUCGCCGAUUCCCAUCGACUAUCUCUCUAAAGCCGAAACCUCGCCACGCAAAGAACCAUCCCCGAAUCAUCUUGCCAAGGGAGGCAGUGAUUUCCAUCAGUAUCCCGCUUGGAACCCGGCCACUAUCCGGGACAAUAAUACUUAUUCUCACCCCACCGGCCCUCGUCCGCCGCCACAUGCGUCUAAUGUAACAAUGGCGGGAAGCUCUUCGGGGGACAAAGGUGCUCGGUAUCAACAAUGGGGACGACCGGGUAGCUCGGCUGCCAACACAGGAUUUAGUCACAACUCUUCAUCUACAGUAGAUUCCUCGUCGCAUUCCCGAAUAUCGUUCGACCAGGCCAGUGUCCACUCGUCACUUUCCUCCAACACCCGGGACACUAGAGGUUCGAGCUAUUUUUCGUCGGACGGAUCUUCUCGAACACUGACAACCUCGCACUCUGCCGACCGCAAUACCUACUCAUCUAAUGGAACCUCUAGCCGACUCUCUAAUGCGCAGGCUGCGUGGCAGUCGGCCCAGCCCGCGCAACCCGCGAAGUUACCAGCCAACCCCGAGCAAUACCUGACCCGUCCAAGGGACGAUCGGAUUGUGGACCAGCUGUUUCUGGAAUUGAUGCAGAAGCGAGGUUGGCAGAACUUGCCUGAGCAGGCCAAACGGCAGAUGCUUGCGUAUCCAGCCUCGAAAAAGUGGACGCUGGUUCAUCAAGAUCGGUUGACGGAAAUUCAGGGCGAACAGAAGCGCAGGCAGAAUGCCCGGCAGACCCAUGGUCACGAUGGGCCGUCGGGGAUUCUGGAGCGGGCCGAUGAAGAGGGAAGCCCGGAGUGGUACGUGAAGAAGGUUAUGGAUGAUUCAAUCACGUCGAAACAAUUAGCUAGUUUGAGCGUCAGUCUGCGCACACAACCGAUCAGUUGGGUGAAAGCCUUUGUCGAAGCACAAGGCCAAAUCGCCCUGACCAACGUUCUUGCUAAGAUCAACCGGAGGAAAGCUUCAGGUCCUGUUCCUGCACCCCCGACUGGUGACAAGGACUUGGAUCGUGAAUACGAUAUUGUCAAGUGCCUGAAGGCUUUGAUGAACAACAAAUAUGGCGCAGAUGAUGCCCUCGCUCAUCAGCAGGUUAUUGUUGCUCUUGUCAGCUCGCUGCUGUCUCCCCGAUUAAAUACAAGGAAGCUGGUCAGUGAAGUCUUGACCUUCCUUUGCCAUUGGGCAGAAGGCCAGGGCCAUCAAAAGGUCCUCCAGGCUAUGGACCAUGUGAAGAACCACCAUGGAGAGACUGGUCGCUUUGAUGCCUGGAUGCGUAUCGUCGAAGUGACGAUCGAUGGCCGUGGAAAGAUGGGUAGUUUGGUGGGCGCGAGUGAGGAGUACCGCAGUGGUGGUAUAGGCAUGGAGAACCUUCUCAUGGAGUAUGCCGUCUCAACCAUGCUCCUCAUCAACAUGUUGGUGGACGCUCCGGAGAACGACCUACAGCUGCGCUGUCAUAUUCGUGCGCAGUUCACCUCUUGCGGCAUCAAGCGUCUCAUGACUAAAAUGGAAGGUUUCCAGUAUGAGGUCAUUGACAAGCAGAUUGAGCGCUUCCGCGAGAAUGAGGCCAUCGACUACGAGGAUCUUCUGCAGCGUGAGAGUAGCAGCGUGAAGGAUAGCAUCGAGGGCGAGGUCAAAGACAUGAACGAUCCUCUACAAAUCACAGAUGCUAUUGCUUCAAGGAUUACAGGUACUCGCGCUCACGACUACUUCCUCUCUGCUAUGCAGCACAUGCUUCUUAUCCGGGAGAACUCUGGCGAAGAUGGUCUCCGGAUGUACCAGCUCGUCGAUGCCAUGCUUAGCUACGUGGCCAUGGAUCGCAGGCUACCCGAUCUGGAUCUCCGCCAAGGUUUAACAUUUACCGUGCAGAGCCUCUUGGACAAAUUACAUACAGAUUCAGAGGCAAGACAGGCGUACGAUGAAUCCUUGGAAGCGCGCCAGAUUGCGGAGGCUGCCUUGGCAGAGCGGGAUGAGAUGAAGGCACAGAUUGAGCUGGGUGCAGACGGCCUAGUAAAGAAGUUGCAGAAGCAAAUUGAAGAGCAGACUGGCAUCAUCGAACUUCAACGGAGACGGGAGGAGUCAAUACGGGCUGAGCUCGCCGAUGUUCAACGCUUGCGUGCUCAGGAGUUGCAACGGAACGAACUGGAAACCAGAGAGCUCUACCUGAUGCUUCGGGAUGCCCAGGACAUCGCUGCUUCAAAUGCCAAGAAGAACAACCUCGCAGAAGUCGAUCCGUCCCAUAUGAGGGGCAUCAUGGACCGUGAAAAGCUCCUUGAGCGGUUGGAGAUGCAACUCGAACGCACCAAGACCCAAUUCAAGUUGGAGGGCAAGGUAUGGGGUCAACAUGUGACCUCAGACCGGCUGCGCGAACUUCGUGAGCAAAUGGACGGUGAUGUUGAGCCGCAAGAUGGGUUCCAGGACCAGGCUCAUCACGUUGCGGGCUUGGGAUCUGUUCAGCGCAAGCGCAGCCAUCUGCCCGGCAUGGAGAAGGAUACUGUCGAGGGUCAGCAGCAGGAGGGCCAGGUGGAUGAGAACGGAGAGAUCAUCUAUGAAAGGGCGCGUCUGGUCGACCUCCAUCGGCCACGACUUAACCCUAAGCAGGCGAACGGCCUCCUGGGAGAAAUUGCCUCGAGGGUACCUAAGAUCGACGCAGACGAUAACGAAGCUACACCUGUUGUUCUCGAAGCCACGGCGCCUGUCACCGACGAACCCAAGGUCGAGAGUGAAAUUGAGAAGCCCGAGGCCAAGGGGGCGCCCGCUCCACCCCCGCCGCCGCCGCCACCACCGCCUCCUCCUCCGGGAGCUGUGGGAAUUCCUCCUCCGCCCCCUCCCCCUCCUCCGCCACCGCCUGGUGGUGCCGUCGGAGUCCCUCCUCCCCCUCCCCCUCCCCCUCCGCCGCCGCCGGGAGGAAAGGUUGGAAUCCCCCCUCCACCUCCUCCGCCCCCUCCUCCAGGCGGUGCAGGAUUCCCGCCGCCGCCUCCCCCCCCACCAGGUGCUUCAUUUGGUGCCCCUCCUCCCCCACCUCCUCCUGGCGCAGGCUUUGGAGGAUGGCGAGCCAACUACAUGGCCUCCCAAGCCCUUCCUCAACACAAGACAGCUCUUAUGCCUUCUAUCCGGCCAAAGAAGAAGCUCAAGGCUCUUCACUGGGAGAAGGUUGAUGCUCCACAGGUAACGGUGUGGGCAGCUCACGCUCCCACUGCGCAGGAGAAAGAAGAGAAAUAUGUAGAGUUGGCUAAGAAGGGUGUCUUGGAUGAGGUUGAAAGACUCUUCAUGGCGAAGGAGACCAAGAUCUUCGGAGGCAAUGCAGCAGCGAAGCAGCGCAAGGACAAGAAACAGCUUAUCUCCAACGAGCUGUCCAAGAAUUUCCAGAUCGCAAUGGCCAAGUUUUCGCAAUUCCCUGCCGACGAUGUGGUGCGCAUGAUCAUACAUUGCGAUACAGACAUUCUGGACAACCAGGUCGUCAUGGAGUUCCUGCAGCGGGACGAGAUGUGCACAAUCCCGGAGAAUAUUUCCAAGUCGAUGGCGCCCUACAGCAGGGACUGGACCGGCCCCGAUGCUGCUAGUGCGGAGCGAGAGCAAGACCCCAACGAGCUCACGAGGGAAGAUCAGAUCUACCUAUACACCGCGUACGAGCUCAACCACUACUGGAAGGCGAGAAUGCGCGCUCUCGCGUUAACUCGGUCCUUCGAAAUUGAUUAUGAGCAUAUCUCCGCCAAGCUGCAACAAGUGGUGAAGGUCAGCGAAUCUCUGAGAGACUCUGUUUCUCUGAUGAAUGUCCUGGGUCUAAUCCUGGACAUUGGUAAUUUCAUGAACGAUGCCAACAAGCAAGCUCAAGGAUUCAAACUGAGCUCUCUUGCCCGGCUGGGCAUGGUUAAGGAUGACAAGAACGAAACCACUUUUGCUGAUUUAGUGGAGCGCAUUGUCCGUAACCAGUAUCCCGAAUGGGAGGGCUUCGUGGACGAGAUCAAUGGUGUCGUCGCUAUCCAGAAGCUCAACGUCGACCAGCUGCGGACGGAUGCGAAGAAGUACAUCGACAACAUCAAGAAUGUACAGGCCAGCUUAGACGCCGGAAACCUCAGUGACCCCAAGAAGUUCCACCCUCAGGAUCGCGUUAGCCAGAUCGUUCAGCGGAGUAUGAAGGAUGCUAGACGGAAGGCCGAGCAGAUGCAGCUCUACUUGGAUGAGAUGAUCAAAUCCUAUGAUGACAUCAUGGUCUUCUAUGGAGAAGACAAUUCUGAUGAGGGUGCCCGCCGAGACUUCUUCGCGAAGCUGGCUUCCUUCUUGCUAGAGUGGAAGAAAUCUAAGGAGAAGAACAUCUCGCUGGAAGAAAGUCGGAGACGCACCGAGGCGUCCUUGGCUCGCAAGCGGAAUAUCAAUGCCGGGCUUGCCAAUGGCGCCGCCUCUGCAAGUGACGCCCCACCGUCGCCAGCUACAAGCGGGGCCAUGGAUUCGCUCCUGGAGAAGCUCCGCGCCGCAGCGCCGCAAGCCAGAGACCAGCGUGACCGCCGCCGCCGUGCUAGGCUAAAGGAGCGACACCAAGUUCGUGUCGCUUCCGGCCAAAAGAUGCCGGAUGUUGCUGGAGCUGAGGCACCAGAAGGAGGGAACGAAGCCGAAAACGAUAAUAGCAACAGCAAGGCGGGCAACGACAAUGAUAGCGAAGCAAAUGCCGCCGCCCCAUCUCCGCGUGUACCUCCACAACGAUACUUCUCAGGUUCCUCACCGGCUCAAUCUAUCUUCGAUGCCGAUUCCACUAUCUAUGCGCUUUCAACAGCAUCUGGACGGGCUGCCAUUGCCGUUGUGCGGGCAUCGGGACCUGCAUGUGUGCAAAUCUACAAAUCUCUCUGUCCAGAAGCGCCACUCCCCCGACCCCGCCUCGCAGUCGUCCGCACCCUGUACGAUCCCUUACAAAAACCCUCCCCUAAUACCGUCCUCGACGCCGGCGCCCUAGUCCUAUACUUCCCCGGCCCGAAGACCGUAACUGGCGAAGAUGUCCUCGAGCUGCACCUCCACGGCGGCCCAGCCAUUGUCAAGUCCGUUCUGACAGCCAUCUCGCGUACAAACAACUCCAACUACACAGUCCGCUACGCCGAACCAGGUGAAUUCACCCGUCGAGCCUUCAUGAACAACCGCCUGGACCUCCCGCAGAUCGAAGCCCUGGGUGAUACCUUGUCCGCUGACACGGAGCAGCAGCGCCGACUUGCAGUCCGUGGUGCCAGCGAUGCUCUAUCGAAGCGGUACGAACAAUGGCGGCAUCAAUUGCUCUAUGCGCGCGGCGAACUGGAGGCCUUGAUUGACUUCUCGGAGGAUCAGCACUUCGACGAGUCCACCGAGGACCUGGUGUCGUCGGUUGCGGCUCAGGUGCGGGCUCUGCGGGCCCAAAUCGCCCUUCAUAUCCAGAACGCGUCCAAGGGUGAGCUCCUUCGUAACGGUAUAAAGGUCGCUCUUUUGGGGGCUCCGAAUGCGGGGAAGAGCUCGCUUCUGAAUCGGAUCGUGGGCAGAGAGGCCGCCAUCGUUAGUACCGAGGAAGGCACCACGCGGGAUAUCGUGGAUGUCGGUGUCGACAUUGGCGGCUGGUACUGCAAGCUCGGCGAUAUGGCGGGAAUUCGCUCGGAGCCUAACGAUCCCACCGGACAGAAGAAGACAGUCGUGAUUGGCGCCGUGGAACAAGAGGGCAUCAGACGGGCCAAGGCUCGUGCCUUGGAAUCGGACGUGGUUAUUGUGGUCGUCUCAGUGGAAGAAGCCACCGAUGGUGCAGCAACGUAUCGCCUCGCCGUCGAGCAGGAGGUCGUCGAUGCUGCCAACGACUGCGCCCGCGCAGGCAAAUGCGUCGUCGUAACCAUCAACAAAUGUGACCGACUACCGGAGGGUAAACUUCCCCCGCAGCUCAUCGAGACAGUCAGCCAGCUUUUUGAAGCGGUCCCGGACUUGCGCCAGCGCAUCUUCGGCAUCUCCUGUCUAGACGCCACCAACGGCCUGAACCUAACCAGCCCCAGUCCCAACCAGUCCUCCGAUCCCGGCUACAUCCAGCAAUUCCUACAAGGUCUGAUGACUACAUUCGAGGAAAUAGCCUCCCCGACAGGGAUCGACGGAGAUGAGAACGGACAAUACGAUCAUGCAUAUUGGGAAGAUUCACUGGGCGUGACGCAUCGCCAAAGUUCUAAUUUACAACGCUGUCUCGAACACCUGGAUGAUUUCCUAACCCAAACUCAACCGCAAUUCCAGACGCCUAUACCUUCAUCAUCUCGCCAAAUCGCUCAUGAUUACCCAGAAUCAGACAUGGACAUGGACAUUGAUAUCGUCACCGCCGCUGAACAUCUGCGCUCUGCCGCUGAUACCAUGGCGAAGAUCACGGGCCGUGGGGAAAGCGGAGACGUGGAAGAUGUUCUGGGCGUUGUGUUUGAAAAGUUCUGUGUGGGCAAGUGAGAGAGGUAUGUGUGAUAUCGGAAAUCAUAAGCGCAUAUUCUCUCCCAUCCGGAUGAUGUCCUCUAUAACGCGUCGUAUGCUACAACGCCCCUGCGACGGGUUGCUGCUCGUUGUACCCGCCACGGCCCUGCAGCAGCAGCGGGUCAGAAGAAAGAGGUGACAGCGACAGCGAGAGAGAUAGGGAACGAGAGGAUGAAGUCGGCUGCGCGGGCUUCGGCGCAGUAGUCUCGGGGGUGUUGUAUCCUCCUCGGCCCAUGGUGAUGAUCUUGUCUGAUCUGAGUUGUAUAAUAGAUGGUGGU